UGACGCUGGUCGCCAUGCCUUGCAAUAAAUGCUACCAAGCUACACCGGAAGUACUACUCUGGUCCUUGAGACCAAGUGCAACGAUAUCCAGGCAGAAAGAUGGCUCAUAGGCUGCUAGUACGCAGGAUUUGGAAGCUUUCCUCAAAAGAGAUCCGCUGCCUCCCAGUGUCCUCUGCCACCAUCGCCACCUCCAGUUCCUUUUCCACCUCCUUGCAACCUUCCACAGCCCGGGUCUCCCUCCUAGCCCCCUCACACACUGUUCCUUACACCUCCCAUCGUCAGGUCUCCUUCAAUGUGCAGGACAAUGAGGAUUUCACAGAGAGAGUCAUCAACAGUCAACUUCCUGUGCUAAUUGACUUUCAUGCACAGUGGUGUGGUCCUUGUAAAAUCCUUGGGCCGAGGUUGGAGAAGGCUGUUGCAAAACAAAAAGGCCGUGUUGCCAUGGCAAAAGUAGACAUUGACGAUCACACAGACCUGGCUAUUGAGUAUGGGGUUUCUGCUGUUCCAACGGUUCUCGCCAUGAGGGGAGGCGAUGUUGUCGACCAUUUUGUGGGGAUCAAGGACGACGAUGAACUGGACUCAUUUGUCAGCAAGGUCAUUGGACAAUAAAGCAGCAGUGCCGGGCCUGCCACUUCAUCUACGUCAGGGUGCUGAUUUCAGUGUCUCGGUUGUGUAGGCUGCGCAUUUUUGAGUCUGUUUAGCAGCAAAGGCUUGACACCAGCCAAGCUGUGCCACGCUCACGCCCAUCACUAGACUGUAUAUUGUCUCGUCUGUCUCUCUUUCUUAGCCUGGUAAUGGGUGUGUGCCUCUUGACCUUUUUAAAUAAGCACUUCCUGUCUCUUUGACACUUCCAACAGCUUUAAUUCAGACCUUUACUGCAGGCGCAGAAGGAGAACUAACACCACAGUACACUUAUACUGUGCAAUAUGAGGGAUGAACAUUUAUACUUUAAGUGGUAAAGAAGGUUUAUCCUAAUAAACCUGUCAAUUAAGAGCUGUGUCACGGUGUUAACUGUAGUUUCUACUUUCGUCCAUAAGAUGGUGACAUUUUUCUAACAUGACCAAGCCACGCAGGCUCCUUUUACACCAGUAUGCCUAAUAAUGGGAGAAGGUGUGUGCACUUGUAGGUCCUGAGUGUGAAGCUUGAGAAAGGCAGGAAUUGCAAUUUGAUUUCAUUUAUUAAUGAAUGCUGUUCUGCAAACAUGGCCACAUGAUGUAAUAAAGAAAUCAAAAUGUG